GAGAUCCACCUGCCUCUGCCUCCUGAGUGCUGGGGUUAAAGGCGUGCGCCACCACCGCCCAGGCAGCAGUCUUUUCUUUUUUGGGGGAGCUGAGGACCGAACCCAGGGCCUUGUGCUUGCUAGGCAAGCGCUCUACCACUGAGCUAAAUCCCCAACCCUAGCAGUCUUCUUUAUUCUGAUCAUAUGUAGAUUUUGGAAUAAACAUCUCUUUAUUGGUUAAAAAGGAAAAAAAAAAGAAAAAGAAAUAGGAUCUUGCUAUGCAAUCCAAGCCAGCCUUGAUUACAGAAUGUUCCUGACUCAGCAUCCCAAAUGUGAGGAUAAUGGGUGUAUGAAACAGGAUUUUUGAUAAUGCUUGGAUUUUAGAAUAGGCUAGACACUUUGUAAAGAUCACCAAACUGACAGUUUUAUAUCAUGUGUGAUUGUCACAUGCCAGUAAUGCCACACUUAGGUAAAAAUCAUAGCUUCAAGGGCUGUGUGGACUACAUAAGAACCUGUCUGAGAAAUAAAUAAAAUUUAAAAAUUAGGUAGACAUUUAAUGUCAUAAAAUUAUAUUUUUUGUUAUGCCUUGUUUACAUUAGAAAAAUUAUUUUUCAUAGCUAGGCAUGGUGGUGCACACCUAUAGUCCAAUGUCUUAAGAAGUAGAGACUGUCGGGUGGUGGCGCACACCUUUAACCCCAGCAUUUGGGAGGUAGAGGCAGGUGGAUCUCUGUGAGUUUGAAGCCAGCCUGGUCUACAGAGCGAGAUCCAGGAUAACCAGGACUAGCUACAUAGAGAAAUCCUGUGUUUAUUUAAAAAAAAAAAAAGUGGAGAUCAGCGAAUCCAGAGUUCAAGGCCAGUCUAGGCUACAUGAGACCCUAUCUCAAAAAAAGAAAGAAAAAAAAAUGAAAAGGAAAGAUCACUUUCCAUCUAGUGCAGUGGCUCUCAACCUUCCUAACGCUGCAUCCCUUUAAUGCAGUUCCUCAUGUUGUGGUGACCCCAACCAUAAGAUUAUUUUCCUUGCUACUUUAUAACUGUAAUUUUGCUAGUUAUGAAUGAUAAUGUAAAUAUCUGUUUCCCGGAGGCCUUAAGCGACCCCAAAGGGGUCUGGACUCACAGGUUGAGACCCACUGAUGGAGUGACUGUGUGUCCCUCCUGUCCCUCCUCUGGCAGGGAUCCUGGGGUUGUGUCCUUUCUACAUAUUUACAUGGGGAAACCCCCAUCUUUGUGGGGGCUGGGAUUAGCUUAUGCCUCUGGACCAUCACAUGUCCAGGUUUAUUUUUUAGUAAGUGCACGGUCAGAAAGUCUGGAUCAGCGUCAAUGUACACGCGCAGCGUGAGUGGCCCAGGGACCGAGAACCGUCACGCUUGCCCUCUGGGGGGAUCUCUGUCCUAUGGUGAGUGGGAAGGGAGAUCAGAAAUGACUGGGAAGAGAGAGCUAGAGUGAGGGUGGGAAGGCUGAGGCUGAGGAGAGAGCGCGCUGGCUGGCCGAAGGGUGGGUGGAGAGUGGUGCCAUGCUCCAAGUUCGUGCUCCAAGUUCAGGUUGUAGGUGGUGGUACAUAGGUUUGAGUUUAAGGGCAGAAGUGACUGGGUCCCCACAGGAACACCCACCACAGACAGGACGCUGGCUGUGGACCAGAUUCAGAGCAGCACCAGAGGGGGAAGACACAGGAGCCGAGUGGGGCAAAACCAGCCAUUUGCAGAGGAAGAAGGGUGGGCACUGAGAGGGCACCAGGCACCACACGGGCUCCCGAGUCCUCACUGCCAAGGGUGGGUUCUCAGGACCUUGCUAAGCCGUUUUGGCUAGCAGAUGGCAGGGGCUGGCUGUGGUGGGAAGAAGGACAGGCCUUCCUCUAAAGGAGGGGUGGCCUUACACCCACAGGGUGGGUAUCGUUUGUGUCAGUUCAGCUUCAUGGAAUAAUGUGGGUACCCUGGGGAGGAGAGGGGUGCAGCAGAGAGAAGGCCCUUCUGUCCCUUGGGCAGGGCACCCAGAACUGCUCUUUUGAGACCCUAGGGCCCUCUGCCACACCCCUCACACUCUCCGGUGAACCCCCUGUGGAAUGCUCUAGGUAUUUUGUCUUUUUUUUCUGUCUGAGAAAAAUGUUUUAGUCUCCAAAAAUAAAAAGUUUUAAUUGAUCAGUACAUCUACUCCAGUGUGACAUUGUUUUUUUCUCUGCAGCCCUGGCUCUUCUGGAACUCGAAUUGUAGACCAGCUGGCCUCAAACUCAAGAAAUCUGCCUGCCUCUGCCUCCUGAGUGCUGAGAUUGAAGGUGUUCGCCACCUCCACUUGGCAGGAAAACACUCUAAAUCAUGUUUUCCUUGAUUAAACCACUGUGUUUCUGUGAAAGCAGAAAUCAUUGUGUGCAUCUCUAAAAAGCAGUUUAUAACAUGGAGUGUUUAUAAAGCUACCCUUUAGUUGCUGAAUGAACCACACAGUCACUGCCGGCCUUGGUGGCAAACACACUAAUCCCAACCCUCCAAAGGCUCACACGAUUGUGCAGAGGCCCUUCAGCAUUACAUUCACCGUGCACAGCGCUCGUGCUAUGAAUCCAGACCAGGGCUGCGGUGAAGCCGGGCCACACAGCACCUCAGAUCUCCCAUGUGUCUAACAUAACCAGCUUUUGGCUGCUGUGUUGAGAAAUGCUUUGUUGCCGCCGUUCUCCAUGCCCUUCACAAUCAGUUAGGUGACGCUGUAUGGGCUGGGCUGUAUCCCCACUAAAAUACUGACAUUGACGCAUCCUCUGGGGGACAUUUCCAUCACCACAGGCAUCCAUCAGGUUCCCUUUGUGUAGCAAUAUCAUCUGCUUACCACGGCAAGUCUGUUCUCCAUUUCUCUAAAUUUCCUGGAUAUAUUAAGGACUCAAACAGCAUAAAACUUUGGUGGGUUGCUGCUUUCACUGAGCAUAGUUCACUCUUGUCUCUUCCGUCUACAAUAGUUCCUUUGUUCUGUUCUGUUUUCGUCCUGGAAAAGUCUCGCUGUAGCCCAGGCUGGCCUCACACUCACAGUCCUCCCAUCCCAGCUUUUGAAGGGUUGGGAUUAGUGCGUUGUUUGCCAAGGCCGGCAGUGGCUCACUCAUCUCUUCCAGUGACUACGUGGUGCCUACCACAGCCUAUUGGACAACCAAACCAUAGCUGGGUCGUUUCUGGUCAAACCACUACAGACAUUAAUGUACAGUUUUGGGUAAAAGUGCAUUUUUAUUUAUUGGAAGAAAUGUAUCUAAGCAGCCAUUGGGUUGUAUGUAAUCUCCAGGCCAUCUGUACCAUCCCACGAGCUCACCAGCAGCAUAAGCCAGUUCCUCUUUGUCCUCGGCCCCCACCCCCCAUGAGUGUGUGCUGACACUGUUUCUGUUCCCCUGGGGACUGGCAAUACUGACCAUUGUCUGUCCACUUACCAUCUGUCUUUCCCCUUUGGUGACCUCUUCAAGUCUGUCUCACUUUGCAGUUUAUUUUGUACUGUUGACUUUCACAGUCCUUUACGUUGCAAGUACAGACCCUCUGAGGAGUUGUGAAGUUUCCGAUGUUUUCUCCUAGUCCUUAGCUGCCUGUCCAUCCUCUUAGUGGACUGUUCCCAGAGCCAACACUUGGAAUUUCACAAGUCCAACAUACCACUUUCUCCUUUUGCAGCCCCCUCGGGAUUUUUGUUUGUUGUUUUUCUACAAUUCUUAUAGUUGUGUGCUUUAUACUUAAGCCUGAGGUACAUUUUGAGUUUGUGCAUGAAAGUGCGAGGCCGGCCUCUGGAGGCCCGGCUGCCUGCUGCUGCGGCUCUGCUGCCCUUGGAGCAUCCACCCUGCUUCUCUCAGUGUUUGAGCUCCAGUCCCAGGCUCUCUUCUGAUAGCAGUCUUGAAUUCUGUGCUGCUUACAUCUGGGCUUGAGUGGAGGGACCCAUUUCCCCACCUUUGCGUCCUUUUCCAAAACCUUAGUCUACUUUUUCUGUCUUCCACACAUUUCUACUUCUUCUGCCUUCCAUACAUCUUCAAACAAUCUUCUGUCUACAGAAAGAAAUCUUGCUGAGGCUUUGGGAUUCAGCAAUAUGUAUUUUUCCAUAUGUAACCCUUACACAGUUUGUGAGAUUUACCUGUGUAUUUCAUUAUUUGGAUUGUAAUGGUUCUGUGUUUCAUUUCCAUGUUCAUUCCUCAUAUAUGAAGAUACAAUUAGUUAGAGUUUGGGGUUUUGGUUUUGCACCUUACUAAAUUCCUUUAUUAGUUAUAGAAGCUGUUGAAUAAAUUCCCUGGAUACUCUGUUACAGGUUCGCUUCCUCUCGUCCUGGGUGUAGACUCUCAUUUCCAUCUUGUUUUGGUUUGCUGCCUGGCACUCUGAGUGCUGCUGGAGGGAAAGGCACACUUCUUGGCCUUGCUCCUAGUCUCAGAGAAAGCAAUGCUGACCCCUAGGGUGGGCUUUCCUGGUGUGCUUCUGGAAAGAGCCAUCUAGGGCUUUCAUGAACCUUGUAGGUUCCAGCAGCUUCUCCCAGUAAACAGAUGGGGUCCCAAGGACGCCGGUUGGGCUGACUGAAUAAUAGAAAGCACAGGAUUUGGAGUAGGUGCAUUCACAUUUAAAUUUCGACUUCUCUGCCUCCUUACUUACAAAUCUCAAAAUCCAUUUCCUCUUCCACAAAAGAGAGGCCCAGCUCCAUUGCUGAUGGAUAUGCAAGCCUUUGUGGCUCUGGCUGUGGUGAGGAGCCGCCUUGCUGUGACUCCUCCCAGCACUAAAACGGUUCUGUCUCGGUGGAAGAUUGGUCAAUUCUCAUGAAUCAUAGUGUUUGCAUUGGGGAUCUUUAAAGGACUUGGUGGUCCACAUGUAUCUUCCUAGGACUGAUGCUUGGAGAUCCACUACUCGGAUUCAUUCCCCGGCCUCAGCAAGUCACUCUGAGUUACCCUAGAUGACAUCAUCUGAAAACCUGAGUGCUGGCCGGUCCUAUUCCCAGGGUUGUUGUGGAUGAUAAAUGAGUUGAUAUUUUGUAAAAAAUGGAUUUGACCAACCAUGGACUUAUUCUACUGCAGCAGUUAAACGCUCAGCGAGAGUUUGGGUUCCUGUGUGACUGCACGGUUGCCAUCGGCGAUGUGUACUUCAAGGCACACAAAUCAGUUCUUGCUUCAUUCUCCAAUUACUUUAAGAUGUUGUUUGUCCAUCAGACCAGUGAAUGUGUUCGUCUGAAACCCACUGACAUACAGCCUGACAUAUUCAGCUACCUGCUCCACCUGAUGUACACCGGGAAGAUGGCCCCACAGCUGAUCGACCCCGUGCGGUUGGAGCAAGGGAUCAAAUUCCUGCACGCAUACCCCCUCAUCCAGGAAGCCAGCCUCGCCAGCCAAGGCACCUUUUCCCAUCCCGAGCAAGUCUUCCCGCUGGCCUCGUCUUUGUACGGCAUUCAGAUCGCAGACCACCAGCUGAGACAAGCCACCAAGAUGAACAUAGGGCCUGAGAAACUUGGCCGGGAGCCUCGGCCUCAGGCGUCCCGGAUGAACCAGGAGCCGGUGCCCGAGACCUCACAGCUGUCGCAGCUGACUGCAAACCUGGCACAGGUGAAUCGGACAAACAUGACUCCCGCCGACCCCCUGCAGACCUCACUGUCACCCGAACUUGUCUCCACGCCUGUUCCUCCCCCUCCUCCUGGGGAGGAGACCAACCUGGAGGCCUCUUCCUCGGACGAGCAGCCGUCGUCCCUCACCAUCGCCCACGUGAAGCCGAGCAUCAUGAAGAGGAACGGGAGCUUCCCCAAGUACUAUGCCUGCCAUCUGUGCGGCCGGCGCUUCACGCUGCGCAGCAGCCUGCGCGAGCACCUGCAGAUCCACACGGGGGUGCCCUUCACGGCCGGCCCUCCCGGGGAGAGCCGCGGGCCCCUGUCGCUUUGCAGCAACGCUGCCGACCUGGGCAAGGAGGCUCUGGAAGUGCCCGAGGCGGGGAUGAUCAGCGACAGCGAGCUGCAGCACAUCUCCGACUCCCCCAUCAUCGACGGGCAGCAACAGUCGGAGACACCACCGCCCUCGGACAUCGCGGACAUUGACAACCUGGAGCAGGCGGACCAGGAGAGGGAGGUGAAGAGGCGCAAGUACGAGUGCACCAUCUGCGGCCGCAAGUUCAUCCAGAAGAGCCACUGGCGCGAGCACAUGUACAUCCACACGGGCAAGCCCUUCAAGUGCAGCACCUGCGACAAGAGCUUCUGCAGGGCCAACCAGGCCGCGCGCCACGUGUGCCUCAACCAGAGCAUCGACACCUACACCAUGGUGGACAAGCAGACGCUGGAGCUCUGCACCUUCGAGGAAGGCAGCCAGAUGGACAACAUGCUGGUGCAGGCCAAUAAGCCCUACAAGUGCAACCUGUGCGACAAGACGUUCUCCACCCCCAACGAGGUGGUCAAACACUCCUGCCAGAACCAGAACUCAGACGUAUUUGCCCUGGACGGGGGCCGGUCAGUCCUCCUGGGCGGCGGGGACUCGGAAGUAACUGAAUCUGACCAUCCCGUGUUAGCGUCCAUCAAAAAGGAACAGGAAACUGUGUUACUAGACUGAAUGUUACUUGUCUUUUUAAAAACUGUCAUUUUUACAAAGAAUCUUCCCCCCACCCCCCACCCCAAUUCGGGACAGUUUCACCAUGGCAUGAUACAAACGGGCCCCACUCCUUCCCCGGCCCCUUUUUCUCCCAGCCCCAUCUCCGCAAGGCUUUGUGCAUUAGAAACCUGGACUACAUUUACUUUAAUUCAGGGGAUAUUGGAAGGAUAAUGGUCAGUAGUACUUAUAAAGAAAUAGAUUUUGAGAAGUUUUAGAUUAUUUUAAAAACCUACUUGGAAAUAAUUAAGGGUAUAUAAUAAAACAACUAGAAUAUAAUUUGGUAAGCUAAAAUUAUGACUGUCCCUGGGUAAUAAGUCUUCCUUCUCAAAGAAACAAAGUCAGAAAAUACAGCACACGUCUAAGAGAUACAGCUGGGCUCUGCUAUGCAAACCUAGAAGGUGUGGGGAAACUUGAAACCCAAGCAAAUGUUUUUAAUAUUAGCCCUCUAGGUGUCUGAUUUCAGAAUGUAGCCUUUGAGAUUAUGUCCAGUUAAGGAAAAUCACUAGUUAAGAAGUCGACUUUAACAAAAUGCAAAAAGAGUAAUAAUGUGAUGGCAAUCUUCAUAUUUGGAUCAAACCUGACAGGCUGUGAGUUUGUAUGUGAGCGAACACACGGAUACUUGCUACACACAGGAGAAUUGAUGCACACUCUUUACCCGAUGCUGGCCUCUUCCCAGGAUGAAGAAGAAGAUGCCGGGUUUUGGUUUCCGACAAGCUUGUUUUAAAAUCGGCUUUGAGAACACGGUUCUCUAGAGAGUCUUUCUGAACAGCAGUGGCAUGCCGUUUCCUAGCAGUCGCCAGUGGUGAGCGUGUGUCAGUCAGCCGGCUGCCUGUAAAAUCAGUGUGCACGCUGCCAGGACGGGACUACAGAAGUACGCAUCUUACAGGGAAAGCUGUGAGCAGAAAGUGUGGCUUUAAUGAGUGUAAAAGUUGAUGCUGCCCGGUUUGGCGGUGCCCACCUGUAACCCCAGUGCUAGGGGAGGAGGGCGGGGAGUAAAGGCAGGAGAAUUGGGAGUAUGAGGCCAGCCUGGGCUACGUAGAGAGACCUUGUUAAAAUGCAAUGCCCAUAGUUCACCGGUGACAUCUACUAAAGCAUCAAAAAUAACAAAGAGAAAUCAGGAUGACAAAAAUAAUAAUAAUCUAAUUUCUUCUUGGAGGAAAAACAGUUGAUUUUGAUGUGUAUCCUCCAAUUUUUUUUAACACCUGAAAUUUCCCCCACUGGCCUAACAACAUUAAAAGUUGUUCAUUAAUCUUUCCUUGGGCCAAUAAGAAAAUGGUCUCACAGGAUGCAACAGGAGCCAGAAGUGAGGACUACGGGGCAAGGGGCGGGGCUAGUGCAUAGCGAUACCGUACGUGUAUGUUAGAAACUGAAUAUCCCAUCAUCCUCUUCUAUGUAUAGUUGAGUUCUCAGAUUUGUAAGUUUUUAUACAUCCUUUCAUUGAAUAAACAUUUAAUUAAAUGGG